AAUUCAAUAAGGUGUCAGCCUGCAAUGACGCAUGUUCUGCGCAUGUAUACUUUAUAUUUUAGGAUGGAAACUGAAGAAAAGAGAAAGGAAAAUGUUUAAAUAUGUUUAUUCCGGUUGGGUGAAGCGGACUUCGUAGAAAAAUAUGACAGAACCCAACGAAACCGUAGGCGAAGUGAGCUCUGAAGCUCUUACUCAAACAACCGGGGACUCAGCUUCAAAUGUUGAGAACGGGCAAAACGAAAACACCACAGAAGAAGUGAGGAAUGAUGAAAAUGAGACGAAGGGUCCGACUCCAUCAGCACCGAACGAGUUGAAGCUUUACGUUGGUAAUCUUCCUGAUAACUGUGUUCGAGAGGACCUCCAGACGCUCUUCUCCAAGUAUGGUGAUGUUUCACAGUGUGAUCGAGUAAAAAACUUUGCUUUUGUUCAUAUGGUUGGUGAGGAAAAUGCACGCAAGGCAAUUUCUGCGCUUGACGACUCUGAGUUCAUGGGAACACACAUACAAGUACAGAUUGCUAAGAGCAAGGGAAAACCAGCAGAAGAUGAAUGUUUCCAGUGUGGCAAAAGAGGUCACUGGGCCAAAGAUUGCUCGCAGAGGAGGUCUGGCCCAUACAGACGCAGUGGUGGCAGAUAUGAUAAUCGCUCAGCACCUUAUUCAUAUGGACCACGCAGGGACCCCUACAGUCGUGGCCCAGCCCCUAGGGAUUACGAUUAUUAUUAUGACAGGCGUGGCCCACGAGAUUAUGGUGGUGCACCACCAUACCGUAGUCGCAGCCCUGCAGGAUAUGACCGCCGAUCACCUGACUACUCCAUGGGAUAUGAAGGAUAUGGGCCUCCAAGAAGCGGAUAUGGCGUAAGAAGGUAUUAGACGUUCGAUGGCUCGGUGACCAAUCCGUUCGGGCAGAUCAAGAUUGUUAUAAUGCAGCUUCGGAGUUGAUCGAGGAUAAAAACGGCAACUGCGGCAGGCUGUGAGAGACAUGUAUUAUUACGGACAGGUUGACCAUUACUGAAAUUAAUAAAACACUAAUUCUUGAAUAAGCAUAGCACGUUAGAUUUCUCUGCUGCACAACACAGUGAUUUUAGCAUUCUAGAAAAUGCCAUUCUAAAAUGCAAGCGUCUCUUCCCAUAGGAAUCGUUUGUUUAUUAUACGUUGUUAUUUUUUAUCUUUUAUUGUUUUUCAUUCUAUAAAAUGGACGUAACUGAAAUAAUGUACGAGAUACAUUAAAGCUGAAUAAACUGGGAAAUAGACAAAGGUUGCGGAAGUCCUUUUUCACUCUUAAAUCCAAACCGUGUACUCUCUGUGAGAAUUAAAUUUCAGUCAAAUAGAUUCUGGUCCGCUAGGAAGCAGCUGAAGUCGGGUUUCUUCGCAGUUCAAGUACGGAAUGUGGCGGACAUCGUGUGGCAUACAUUAAGAUAUUAUUGAAAUUUGUAAUAACAAGUACUGAGAACAACAAUUCCAUCACAAGUACUGCACUAUUCAAGAUUUCAAACCCAUGGCUUCCUGAUGGGAAUACAAUGUCAAUCAUGAUGGUCAUUUUACAUGAAUGGUACUCACUUGGAUGAGACAGAUACAUUACUUGCCUUUUGUGUCUUUGGUAUUCCUGUGGUGGUUUCUCUUGGGUCAGGCAAAGAGGAAGUUCCAAUGCAAGCUCACAAUGCAUAUAAUUUGAUUUCAGUCAGGCACCCAUACCAACAUAAUAGGUUGCCAUCUAACCUUCGAGCACCCUUCUCCCAACCACACACAAACAUCCCUCACCUUCCCCCAACCACAGACACACCCUAAGCUCCCUAAAAGUGACAGACUGUAAAAUUCAUCUUCAAGUUCUCCAAGGUCUUUUUAAAGCCCUUGUACAAGGGAUAUCAUUAGUUAGGUUCUUGUUUGCUCCUUCAAGAUCCCAGAUGCAAUUGCCAGUCUAUAUAGGAAAUCAAAUUAGCCAGGACUAUGAGAAUUUGUUUUUGGAAAAUAUCACUGAUUAUAAUGUUGGUAAUACUCAACAUGACAAAUGGGAUUUGGCCCUUGAAUACUGAUAGAAACCCUGGAAUUGCUUCUAAAGAAACUUGCUCAUACCCUGGGAUAGACCCCUUGUAACAAUCCUACAUUGGUCCAUACAGGGUCCAUACUAAACCACUCCACCGGAUCAUGUUGAGGGAAGGAUUUGUAGGUAUAGUUCUUAUCCCAUUUUGUUUGAGCUCCAGGAAACGUCAUCAGUGCCAGUUUUGGUCUUACGAUAUGAAGUAAAAAUGUCUAAAUAAAAUUAAUAAUACCCCUUAGAACACAGAUAUCCCAACUUUUUGUAAGUUUCCAUCUGCAACCAAUGGAAGCUGCCAAUAUUUUCUAAAGUUACUUUAAUUAUUCCUUUAUCAGAUGAUUUGUUAAUGUUGUGUUAAAAAUAAAAUGAUGUGUUCAUCAAAAGGAA